CGAAGACUUGAGCAUCUCGAGCGAAUACGAAACGGCUGACACAACUUUAAACGACGACUUACCUCGUGGGUCUGAGCGAGAUUUAAUUGAAUAUUACUUUUACAGAGGUCUUACGUAUAGGCAUAUUACUCUGAUGUUGGUAAAGCAACAUAGUAUUUUUAUGAAUCAGCGAACUCUCAAGCGAAAUAUUAUGCUGAAAGAUUAUGGACUUAAGAGACGUGAAACGGUAGAUGAGGAGCUCAAGGAACGCGUCAGGGAUCUUAUUUUACAAGAAAUAUGCACUGAUCCUGAUAGCCUCAAUGGCUACAGGACUAUGUGGCAUGUCUUACGCUUAAGACACCGGAUUAAUGUUCCUCGGCGAUUAGUAGAGUCACUCUUAAUUAGAGAGGUUGAUCCUAGAGGAGUGGAACACAGAGAGAGCCGUUGUCUUCAGCGCAGAACGUAUGUGUCACCUGGACCCAACUUUUGCUGGCACAUGGACGGUUACGAUAAACUGAAGCCUUUUGGCUUUUCUAUUCACGGCUGUGUAGACGGCUUUAGUCGUAGAAUUCUUUGGCAUGAGGUGCAACGAUCGAACAAAAAUCCAAGGUCUGUUGUAAGCUAUUUUAUAAAGCACGUCAAAGCAGCACAUGGAUGCCCAGUGCGUGUAUACACUGACCCUGGCACUGAAAAUGGUCUGGUUGCUGGAAUACAGUGCUAUUUGAGAGGUGAGGGAUUGGAUGAAUACGCAGGAUCAAAGUCCCACAAAUACGUAUCAAGCUCUAAGAAUCAGCGUAUUGAAUGUCAAUGGUCACAUUACAGGAAACAACGUUUAAGUUGGUGGAUCGACUUCUUUAAUGACCUUCACGAGUCUGACAUUCUUGAUCUGACUAGUGACUUGCAGAAAGAGGCAAUUUGGUUUUGUUUUGCUGAUUUGCUGCAGACUGAUCUGAAUAAGGUAAAGGAAUACUGGAACAGUCACCGGAUCAGGAAGUCAAAGCAUGCCAUUGUAUCCGGUGUUCCUGACAUGAUGUACUUCCUGCCAGAGGAUUUUGGACACACCGACUGCUUGGUUUCAAUAUCGCCACACAAGUUCACAGAAAUAGAAAAUAGGUUUGAAGGGUUUGAUGUUGAGGAUGAUGAGUGCAACUCAGUUUUCCAUGAGUAUUUUCAACAUGUCAUAGACAAUAAUGGCUUGUCCAACCCCACAAGCAUUCAUGAAGCUGGAGUCCUUUUGAGAAGCUUACUAAGUUUGCAGAAGGUGAACUCUAAAUUUCUUUCCUUUUGGGAGCUAGUAAAUCACUUCCACAAGGGGAGUCCUGUGUAUAAUGGCAGGAGGCAUUAA